AUGCGUGAAGCAAAAAUUAUCUUUGGGUUUUCUCCCAAAACCUAUGAACACCGCGAUAAAAUUGUAAUAGAUGAUAUGAGUAUCCCAUUAAUCGAGGAUAGCAAUAAAGCCAGCUCUAGUAAAAAUAACCUAUUUGAUUCUUCUGAUUCUGAAACAGAAACCAAUUCAUCUGACUUCAAUUCUCACAAUCGUCCUCGAAAGAAGAAAUGCAAGUCUAGCCAUUUUAUGAAUACCUCCGACUUGAGACCCAAACCCGAUCUAAUUUUGGAGGACUCCCUGAAGGUUAUUGCAGAAGGUGUUGAAGUUCUAGAAUUAGAUCCAUGCUCAAAGUGUAAAGAAGAGUUUUUUUUGUACGAACUUAAAAAACCAUUUACCAUACUCAUCUGUGGACAUAUAUACCACCGUAGUUGUCUUGAGGAUUAUGUAAAAGAUCUCCCACAAUGCCCUGAAUGUGCAAUGGAAAUUGAAUCUAUUGAUUAUGCGCGUUAUUAUGGUAUUUCUGGACCUAGUUCACAGGAUCGGGCACAGAAUACCUCAGACCCAAUGCAAAUUUCACCACAAAUGACAUCUAGUCAAAACCAGAAUACAGUAACCCCAUAUACAUCUCUUAUUUUUAACCCUACCUUAUCAUAUGACCCAACAACGUAUCCAAAUUAUGUAGACCUUACCAAAAAUAAAGAGCCUAGAUCUAAAAAAAGAUUACGUGAUGAAAGUGCAAAAAAAGAGCCUCCAAAUCUAAAAAAAUUAAUAGAUGAAUUAUCUACUGAAGAUCCGAAUUCUGCAAAAAAUAAUAUUUCUACAGAAUCGGUAACGAUACCAACCACUGAAAAUGAUCCCGAUCCAGUUAAUUUUCUCAACUUAUAUAAAGAACUUAUUAGUGCUGAAGAUGAUAAUAGAAAAUCGAACCAAGAAGUUAUUAAAAGAUAUUAUAAUUUUGGAUUAAAUCUUACGAAACGCCUAGAAUACCACAAGAAAUCUCACAAAAAGCAAGUUGCCAAAAUUCUAGUAAAUGACGAAGUUAGAAAUCAAAUUUCCAACGAAAAAUUUACAAACUUUUUGAUGCCAUUGGUGAAGAUAAAAUUGUACGAGUUAGGUCUUUUACAGCGUUAA